AUGAGAACAGCGUUGACAUCUCGAAAGAAUUUUGGCUUCUUAGAUGGGACAAUUGAACGACCACAAGCAGACUCACCUGAUUUGGAGGAUUGGUGGACAAUCCAAGCUCUACUCGUAUCUUGGAUUAAGAUGACCACUGAUCCAGUGCUACAUACAACAAUCUCUCACUGUGAUGUAGCAAAAGAUCUUUGGGAUUACUUGAAAAAGUGGUUUGCUGUGAUGAAUGGGUCAAGAAUUCAGCAAAUCAAAGCUGAACUGGCUUGUUGCAAGCAAAGAGGGCUAGCGAUUGAAGCCUAUUAUGGAAAACUAAACCGUAUCUGGGACAGUCUUGCUGCUUAUCGUCCGAUCAAGACAUGUCGAUGUGGUCUUUGCACUUGUGAUCUUGGUGCUGCACAUGAGGCGGAUCGUGAAGAGGACAAAGUUCAUCAGUUCUUAUGUGGGCUUGAUGAUCCUUACAAGGCAGUUCGUUCCAGUCUUGUAGCAAGGGUUCCGGUGCAACCUUUGGAGGAGGUGUACAACAUUGUACGCCAAGAAGAGGAUCUUAGCGUAAGUGGAGAAGAGAGACAUGAGGUGAUAUCUUUUGCGGUAAACACCAAACCAAGAUUUCGUCUUGAGGAUAAAGAGAAAAAUGUGUUGUGCAAGUUAUGCAAUCGAUCGGGUCAUGUUGCUGAUAAUUGCUUUGCUGUCAUCGGUUAUCCAGAAUGGUGGGGAGAUCGCCCUAAUAGCAGAUCACUCCAAGGAAAAGGACAUGGUGGUGCAAAUUCUAGUGGAGGAAGAGGCAGGGGAAACCAUGUCACUUAUGCAAACCGUGUGGUUGUCCCUGCUAUCGAACAAGCUACUCAAGAACAAGUGAAUCAUGUGAUUACUGAUCAAGAUCGGGAUGGGGUAAACGGCUUGAAUGAUCAACAAUGGAGAGCUUUGAAGAGCAUCCUCAAUGCCGGGAAGGAGAACACCACAGAAAAAGUCUCUGGUAAGUCAUCCUUUCCUUCUUGGAUAAUGGAUUCAGGUGCUUCUCAUCAUUUGACAGGACGUUUUGAGACUUUGUCAAAUGUUAGAGACAUGCCACCUGUGUUGAUAAUCAUGGCUGAUGGAAGAGAACAAGUUUCUCUUAAAGAAGGCUCUAUACGACUUGGUUCAAACCUCAUUUUGAAAUCGGUUUAUUAUGUGGAAAAGUUGCAAUCUGAUUUGAUUUUCGUUGCUCAGCUCAUGGAUGAGAAUAGAUGUGUAGUACAGCUAGCUGACACAUUUCUUGUGGUCCAGGACCGAGCUUCCAGGAUGGUGAUUGGAGCUGGUAAUAGAGUAGGAGGGACUUUCCACUUUUGCAGUAUAGAGACUGUUGCUGCUGUCACGACUAAUGAGGAGAAGGAGUAUGAGAUGUGGCACAAUAGGAUGGGUCAUCCUUCUGCAAAAAUAGUAGGACUGCUCCCUUGUUUUUCAAAUUCUACUUCUGUUUCUAGUAUGAAUAAGGUGUGA